AAUAGAAUGUUGGCAAGACUGAUUUAUCCUUAGGUUGGCACUCAGGCAGCCGAAGCCGAAAUUUCGAAAAGAGUGCGACGAUAAGCUAAUUUCCUAAUUGGAAUUCAAUUAUUUAAGUUAACUCAGCAGACCUUUUUUUCUCACCGGAAGGUCAACCAGCUGCCACCUCGUAUAAAGAGAAACCUGCACUGAUGCUGACUAGGUCACGGAAAAAGGCGACGAUGUCGGCGCUCCUACCGGCUCCGGCUCCCAUGAAGGAUUUACUCGACAAAAUGACGCUCCUCUCGCUGCGCGACCAGGAUCUGCUGCAGGUCCUCUCCCACCUGCACGCCAAGGACCUGGGCGCCGCAGGGCGGGCGAGCCCCCGGUUGGCCGCGCUCACCAGAUCGCACCCGUCGCUGUGGAAGGACUUGAAAGGAAGCGCAGAGUUUGACAACGUCGAGGGACUCCUGAGCCUCUUGCGAGUGGCGCCGCCAGUAGACCGAUUGUAUGUUUACUUGGCUCCUUACACACACGCCUCAGAAGUGAAUUCCAUUCGCUCUUCCAGGGAGUGGAGGCCUCCUAUUCCGGUGGAGGUCGUUGUCAUAACGGCGACAGUGUCCGUUCCGGACACAAAGUGCUGUGCCACCGUCCUCCGAGAGCUUGGGCGCCGCCUGGAGGAGAUGGAGAUCUCAGGUCUGGGGCGCGGUCUGAAGGCGAUCUUCAGGAGCCUGCGACACGCCACCUCUCUACGGAGCCUGCGGCUGCGCUUCCAGUCCUAUUUUAGCGAAUGUGACUUCAGGUGGCCGCAAGCGCUGGUGCUGCCCAGGAUGCACACCGUGGCGCUGGACUUUGAAGGACAGGGAUUCGUGGGCAGAGUUUACGAUUGUGACGAAGACGAGGAAGACGAAGAGGAAAACGUGAUCCACUACACUGAGACCGAACCCACCUUGCUGGAAGCCCUCCGCUCGCUGCUGCUCGCACACAGUCAACAACUUCAGCACGUGAAGCUGCAAUCGGCUCGGCUGCUGCCGCUCGUGGACUCCUGUGGGAGCACCCUCAGGCAGCUGAGCGUGGAGGUGGGACCGUGGGUGGGUGCUGAACUGCGGCAUCUGAGAGGACUCAACCGCCUCUCCGUCUUCGCGGAGGACGGCGACGAGGCCGACGCGACCCCGGUCCGCAGGUUGUUGCAGACGUGUCGCUGCCCUGUGCUGGAGCGCCUCGACCUCAGCCUCUGCAACGAUCAGCUGAUGAGAGACCUGGGCGCCGGCGCCCUCGCCAGCCUCCAGUGCCUGUGGGUGUCCGGGGCCCGCGCUUCCUGGCGGCAGGAGUCCCUGGAGGUGGCGCUAGCGGGCCUGCCCAACCUACGGUCGCUCGGCGUCCUGGGGCUUCAGGGCCGCACCCCAGGCCCGGCCCAGAUGAUAUCUCGACUAUCUAACGCCGCCAUCCCCAAGCUCGGCGUCGUUGUCUUCGUGGAUAGCGUCACGUGUAAAUCGGACACGGUGACUGACUACUUGGGCUUUAGAGACCUCAGGGACAUGGUGCUCCGCGCCCCCAUGCAGCUACACGUUGUGGCUGUAUUUCAUCUCUGGAAUGAACGAAAGAGACACUUCCUGUUCUCCAGGCACUCCACGGUCGAGUCCGUCGUUGCGUCGUGUACGUUGUGCGCCGAGGCGGGUGAUAUUGGGAUUCUCAGUGAAUUUAAGGAUAUUCCAUUUGAGCGUAUUCAACUUGAGUAGAGAAAGUGCGAGAGUAUUCUUUCUAGAGCGGCAGAGAUGAUAUGAAUUGUCUUCAUCGUUAUUUGAUGGCCCAAGUGGUUACCUAUGUAUGUUCUCUGCAAAAGCCAGCACAAGAUCUUAGAAAAUGAUUUAUUUUUACACAUCUGUGUUAUUCCUUUAAGUUAAUAAUUGCACUUUUGAUGUGGAAAAGUGUUUUCCGUUUGGUUUUCU